UGGUCACACACCACAGCUCACAAGCUUGUCUUGUCGUUUAGACUUUAACCCAACACUCUCUUCUUCUUCUUCCUUCUCCUCUCUCAAUUCUAGAGACAGAAAAAAAAAGUCUUGAAUUUGUCUUAUUUAUGCGAUAAGAACCACAAUUUCCUCUAUCAAAAUCUCUUUCUCUGACACUAAAAAUUCUGUUUUUUCGAAUUACCCAUUUGGAAAGUUCAAUCUUUUAUCCCAAAGAUUCGAUCUUUUUUCUUGGGAAUUUGAUAGAAAGAAGAAAAGAGAAGAUUUUUGAAGAACGAUCGAAGAAAAAUGCAGGAUCCAGCAGCUUAUUACCAGACGAUGAUGGCGAAACAACAACCACAAUUUGCAGAGCAAGAACAGCUAAAGUGUCCUCGUUGUGACUCACCCAACACUAAAUUCUGUUACUACAACAACUACAAUCUCUCACAGCCUCGUCACUUUUGCAAAAGCUGCCGUCGUUACUGGACUAAAGGCGGCGCUCUCCGUAACGUCCCCGUCGGUGGUGGUUCUCGCAAGAACGCAACCAAACGAUCCACUUCUUCUUCUUCUUCAUCUUCUCCUUCUUCCAACAGUAGCCAAAACAAGAAGACGAAAAACCCGGAUCCGGAUCCUGAUCCACGUAAUUCACAAAACCCGGAUAUAGAUCCGACCCGGAUGCUUUACGGGUUUCCGAUCGGUGACCAUGACGUGAAAGGUAUGGAGAUUGGUGGAAGCUUUAGCUCGUUGUUGGCGUCUAAUAUGCAGCUUGGUCUUGGAGGAGGGAUCAUGCUUGACGGGUCGGGUUGGGAUCAUCCGGGUAUGGGUUUGGGUUUGAGGAGGACCGAACCGGGUACUAAUAAUAAUAACCCGUGGACCGAUCUCGCUAUGAAUAGAGUGGAGAAAAACUGAAGAAGCAAAGAAGAGAGGGGUAUUUUGGUAAAUUAUGCAAACUGAUUUUGGGUGAUCACGUAGACAAUGAACAGUUCCGAUCAGGUUAUGUCAUUUUGGUAAUAUUAUUAUUCCUCCUACUCUUUUUUCUUUUUUUUUUAAUAUAAAAUAUCUAUUUAUAAAAUCGGGUCUGUUUUAAUUUUAAUUUUGUGUAAUAUAAAAUGAUUCUCACUUUAUUUUGUGCACUCUGAUUUGAUGAAAUGAUCUCUUUCCUUUAAAAGUA